AUGACGGAGCAACUUACAUCACCGCAAGGUCUUCUUGACAAUCAGUCCUCAUACCCGAUCGUCAAAACGGAGUCGGGCGACGUUCGGGGCAACACUGUUGACAAUGUUCAUGUGUUUAAAGGGGUGCCAUUUGCUGCACCGCCUUUCGGGCCAAACUACCUCCGUCCUCCACAGCCGCCAGAAUAUUGGGAAGGCGUGCGUGGCGCGCUAGAGUUCGGACCCAAGCCGCCUCAGGUCCCCUAUCCGCCGGGGAUCGCUGAAGGCCUCGCAGAGCUAGUUGGUAGUGGUGAAGACUGCCUGACCCUCAACGUCUGGACACCUAGCUUCGGCACCUCGGAACUACCAGUAAUGGUAUGGAUUCCCGGUGGUAUGUUCGAAUUCCAUGCCACUGGGGCUACAGCCUACUACGAUGGUGGUAGGUUUGCGCGCGACGGCGUUGUGUGCGUUUCCAUCAAUUACCGCGUGGGUGCACAAGGAUUUCUCUACCUAGACGAUGUCACCCCCAACCUUGGCCUCCUUGACCAAAUCGCCGCCCUAGAAUGGGUGCAGAAGAACAUAAGCGCAUUCGGAGGAGACCCCAGCAAGGUCACUAUCUUUGGGGAGUCUGCUGGUGCCAUGAGUGUCGCCACACUACUGGCUGUCCCCAAGGCUAAGGGGCUGUUUCACCGAGCGAUUGUGCAAAGCGGGAGUAACCCAAAGCUCAAUUCAGCGGCAACAGCGAAGCGGAUUGGACAGCGAUUGGCAGAGAUCCUAGGCGUCGAGGCUACAUUGGAGGCCAUCAAGGCUACUCCAUCUGAUCAGAUCCUCCACGCUCAGGCCCAGCUGCGAGACGAACUGACCGCACGCCCUGACCCAGCUCUCUGGGGCGAGGUCGCGCUCAGUUUUAUUCCGUGGGCACCCACUAUCGACGGGGAUAUUAUCCCGGUACAUCCAAUGGAUGCUAUCCGUGCUAGCGCUUCAACGGAUAUUGACUUGCUGAUUGGCUCCAACACUGAGGAAACACGUCUUUUCUUAGUCCCAGACGGUUCCAUCGAUCGUAUUACGGAAGAGAUGUUAUCCACGAUAGCUGGAGUAUACGGUUUGUCGCCAGAGGACCUCGACGCGUACCGUGACUUACAUCCGGGAGCCAGUCCUGGUGAGCUAUUCUCUGCGAUCCAGACCGACUGGUUCUGGCGAAUUCCCGCCAUUCGUUUUGCAGACGAACAUGCAAACGCGGCUCAAGCCUCGACCUAUAUGUAUGAAUUUGCCUGGCAAUCACCUCAGAUGGGCGGUCGCCUCGGCGCGUCACAUUCCUUGGAGAUACCCUUCGUUUUCGACGCGCUGGGCCUCGGAACGGAACCCCUUCUUGGCCCAACGCCCGCGCAAGAGCUCGCUGACACCAUGCAUCGGGCCUGGGUCGCAUUCGCCACGACAGGAGAUCCCGAGUGGCCGAAGUAUGAUGCUAGUCGCAGGUCAACGAUGCAUUUUGAUGAGGUCUCGAGAGCAGUGGACAAUCCUCUCGACAAAAAGAUUAAGCUUUGGGAUAGCGCGCAUUAA